CUCUCUUUUCACUCUUUCUCCCUCAUUUUCUUUCUCUAUCUUCCUCUGAACAUUUCUUGUUCACUUCUAUUCCUCCCCUCCAAAAUCUUUCAUUAAAUUUCCCGACAUCCAAUCUUUCUUUCAAUUCCCCAAAAUCCGAAUUCUUCUCUAAAUUCAUCUCUUUAUUCCAUUACCCAGAAUCAUUCUGCUUUGCUUUCUUUAACUACACAUAAAGUUUCCUUCUUUUUCUCUUUCUCUCUAUCCUCAAAGCAAAAUCUAACUCCUAAAUCUUAGCCUUUUUAAUGGCUAAAAGUGGAUAUAAGCUUCAGGAAUUUGUUGCACACUCAGCAAAUGUGAAUUGUCUUCGGAUUGGGAAGAAAGCAUGCCGCCUUCUUUUGACAGGUGGAGAUGAUCACAAAAUUAAUUUGUGGGCGAUUGGCAAACUCACUUCUUUGAUGAGUCUAUGUGGUCAUACAACUCCGGUUGAAAGCUUGGCCUUUGAUUCAACAGAGGUAUUGGUGCUUGGUGGGGCUUCUUCUGGCACAGUGAAAUUAUGGGAUCUGGAAGAGGCAAAAAUGGUUCGGACUCUCACUGGUCAUAGAUCCAAUUGCACGUCUGUUGAAUUCCACCCAUUCGGAGAUUUUUUUGCAUCUGGUUCAGCUGACACUGACCUUAGGGUUUGGGAUUUAAGAAAAAAAGGAUGUAUUCACACAUACAAGGGACACCAUUGUGGGAUCAAUAAUAUUAAGUUCACACCAAAUGGUCGAUGGGUUGUUUCUGGUGGAUUUGAUAAUGUUGUGAAGGUUUGGGAUUUGACUGCUGGAAAAUUGUUGCAUGAUUUUAAGUUCCAUGAUGGUCACAUCAGAUCCUUAGACUUCCAUCCACUUGAGUUUCUUUUAGCCACAGGUUCAGCGGAUAAAACUGUUAAAUUCUGGGAUUUGGAAACUUUUGAAAUGAUUGGAUCUGCCAGGGCUGAGGCUACUGGAGUGCAUGUUCUAACCUUUCAUCCUGAUGGGAAAACCCUCUUUUGCGGAUACGAAAAUAACCUGAAGGUUUAUUCAUGGGAGCCUGUGAUAUGUCAUGAUUCCAUUGAAAUGGGCUGGUCAACACUAGGUGAUCUCUGCAUUAAUGAUGGAAAACUCAUAGGUUGCUCUUACUACCAGAAUUCCGUAGGAGUUUCGGUGGCUGAUCUAUCAUGCAUUGAGCCUUACGGAACUUGUGAUUCUGGUACGCCUCAAGAGAGAAGCCCUGUUGAGCCAAAGGUUGACAUGAGAGAAAGCCGAUCUGCUGAAGCAAUUUCAACUGUGGGGUCCACUUUUAGCUCUCGUUCAACAUCCCCAGAUCCUGAUGCUAAAGAAAUUAAGAAUAUAUAUGUCGACUAUGAAAAGCCCAUCAGUACUCGCAAAAGUCGCUUGCAUAAUACCUCAAAAGCUGUAUCAUCGUCUGACACGAAGGAUACCUGCAAGUUGUCAUCUAAAAAGCACAAUACUCCGACUGCUACUUCCAGAAAAUCCAACGCUCAAACUGGUGGUAGAUCUUUUGUUGUCCCAACCUUUGUUCCGAGAGACAGUUCCGGUGGUAAAAGGUUUUUCAAUUCUAGUAGCAACUCAAUUACACCAGCAAAACCUGGUACGGGAAUCCCAUUCAAAGUUUCGAACGCGCGGAAAUCAUCCAAGAGCAAAUUUGAUGUAGAUGAAGCGGAGCCAAAUUUUGUUGACAGGGUUGUACAGGAAGUGGGAGCUAGAGACAGUUCCGGUGGUAAAAGUUUCGUCAAUCCUAGAAGAGAGUCAGUUAUACCUGAAAGUCCAGGUUGUGGGGGUUCGACCAAGGCUACACAUACGAGGAAAUUAUCUCAGUGCAAAUUUGAUAGUGAUGGUAUACAUUCAGAUUUCCUUGAUAGGCUUGUGCUGGAAGUGGAAGCUCGGGAAUCAGGUGAAGAUAAGAAUCCUAGUCCUGAAAGCAUUGAAGAAAAGUCAUCUUCUCCAAGUUUUUUUAAACCUCAGAGUGCUGUGGCAGUUUCUCUUGGAAGAACGCGUUCUCUUGUUGAGAAGUUUGAAAGACGAGUAAGAUUCAGUGGCAUUGAAGAUCAAACAACAAACACAUCUUCUGAUGUUAAUUCUGAUAAGAUUGACAACUCUACCAUGCUAAGAGAAGAGCCGCAAGUUUCUGGCAGAGAGUCAGCCUCAGAACGUGAUGCAUAUAUUAUCGAAGAUCUUAUGCAAAAUCAUGAUAUUCUACUUAGUGGUCUUCGUUCUCGUCUCACGAAGUUGCAGAUGGUUCGGCAUUUGUGGGAACGAAAUGACAUCAAAGGUGCCAUUUUAGCACUGAAGAAGUUACCUGAUGAUUCUGUCCAGGCUGAUGUAAUUAGUGUUUUCUCGGAGAAGGUGGAACUUGUUACCAUGGACUUGUUCAGUUGUAUGCUACCCAUCCUCGUGAGGCUACUGAACGGCAAGUUUGAAAGGCACGUGAAAAUGUCUUUGGAGUUGUUGCUUAAAUUUGUUGCUUGUUUUGGACCUACAAUACGGUCAACCAUCUCAGCGCCUCCGGCUGUGGGUGUCGAUCUUCAUCAAGAAGAGAGGAUUGCCUGUUGCAAAGAGAGUUUUAUCCAGCUUCAGCAGAUCCAAGGACUUCUUCCUGCACUAGCCAGGAAGGGUGGAUCACUCGCGAGAUUUGCUAUGCAAUUGAAUCUAGUUCUUCAAGAUCACUGCAUUUGAUUCUCACCAUAAUCAUAAUUUGUAAAGAGCAAAAAUGGAUUUGUUUCCUUGUUAUAACCUGUCAGAUUUUGAUGAUUCUAACACACUGGUUUUUGCUUACUUGCCACCACCUGUUAAUGUUCUUCCGGUUGGCGCUAAACACCAAGAAUCAGUGCUACAAAAUAAUCAAGUAGGUCGUAUUAUUGUACCAAGUCCAUCAAAAGGAUGCACGUUCGGAUUUUACCUUACGCCAUUCCUUCAGGAUGGGCGCUGUGCAUGUAAUCGUAAGUUGUAAGUGUUAAACUGUAAUGUAACGUAACAUAACUCAAUCGCAUGUAUGUAUUAUUCACCUCGAAUUGCCCAUAUUUUUCAUAUUGGGCAAUUCUUGAGAUUUACAGAAUUCCUACAAAAUAUUCAAUUUUUUAUCCUCCGUAUUAUUGUAGAUGACGCAAAUUAUUUGGAAAUAUUUACUAUGUUGAGCUAAAAUUGUUACUUCUAUUUUUUUAAUAUUUUUUAUACAAUUAUUGGAUUUUACUUAUGAAGGUAAAGAAUAUAAGAGUUUGUCAACUUAUAAAUGUCUUGUAAUAAACUUGUUAUAAUUAACAAUGUCCGUUUGACUUAAAGCUUGA